CACUUACUGUCCGUCCUUCUCCCAGUACACACGCAAUCUGCAGCCUUCUAGGAGGGACCAGAACUCAGCAUGUCGGACCAGUCUGCAUUUGACACGGACGUAUGGACCCUGACCCGGUUUGUCAUGGAGACAGGCCGUAAGGCCAAGGGAUCGACUGGUGAGCUGACCCAGCUCAUCAACUCCACCCUGACGUCCAUCAAAGCCAUUUCUAAUGCUGUGCGCAAGGCCGGACUGGCCCACUUGCAGGGCAUGGCGGGCUCUGUGAACGUGACAGGGGACGAUCAGAAGAAGCUGGAUGUGCUGUCCAAUGACCUGGUCAUCAACAUGCUGCAGUCCUCUUACGGUACAUGCUGCAUGGUGUCUGAGGAGAACACGGAGCUCAUCGUCACUCCCAAAGAUAAGAGGGGAAAGUACGUGGUAUGUUUUGACCCUCUGGACGGCUCCAGUAACAUCGACUGUUUGGCUUCAAUCGGCACCAUAUUUGCCAUCUACAAACGGAUAACAGAAGGGGAACCCACAGAGAAAGACGCCCUGCAGCCGGGCAAAAACAUUGUGUGUGCAGGCUACGCCCUGUAUGGCAGCGCCACCUUGGUCGCCCUCAGCACCGGCGCUGGCGUCAACUUCUUCAUGCUGGACCCUGCCCUUGGCGAGUUCAUCCUGACUGAUAGAAAUGUGAAGAUCAAGCCAAAAGGAAAGAUCUACAGUCUGAACGAGGGCUACGCCAAAUACUUCCACCCCUCCAUCAACGAGUACUUGAAGCACAAGAAGUACCCUGAGGAUGGCGGUGCCCCCUACGGAGCCCGGUAUGUAGGCUCUAUGGUCUCAGACGUUCAUCGCACCAUCUGCUACGGAGGCAUCUUCCUGUACCCCGCCAAUGAGAAGAGCCCCAAGGGAAAGCUGAGGCUGCUGUAUGAGUGCAACCCCAUCGCCUUCCUCAUCGAGCAGUCGGGAGGCAUCGCCACCACUGGCACACAGAGGGUUCUGGACGUCCAGCCCGAGGGCCUCCACUGCCGGGUGCCCUUCGUGGUCGGCUCACCCGAUGACGUCAACGACUACCUGUCCUUUGUCAAGAAGCACUCGUAAAUCCUCACUUACGUCUGACUUCUCCAGUAGUUAACGAUUGUACAAACAGAAAUAAAUAAGAUGUGCAUAUCACAAUAAAACAUUUUGUGAUUUUGACAUAA